GACUUAUGACAGCUGACAGUGAUAUUUUUCUUUAUAAGUAAAUAAUAAAUAUUUAUAUUCUUCCCUGUUGCUCCUGUUGUUUCGGUAAGGUAAAAUAUUUAUAAAACAUCAAUAAUGAAUCAGGAAGAAAAUAUGAUCGAAGACAAUAACGUAACCCUGGGUCAACCCUUAAGUGAUUUUCUAUUACAACUGGAAGAUUACACUCCAACAAUUCCUGAUGCGGUAACCAGUUACUAUUUAAGAUGCUCCGGGUUGGAACCCAAGGAUCCCCGAUUGGUACGAUUAAUAUCGAUUGCAGCCCAAAAAUUCAUAUCCGAUAUUGCUAAUGAUGCUCUCCAGCACUGUAAAAUGAGGUCUACCAAUUCAUCAAGUCAAAGUAGUUCUAAGAAUAAACAAGGAACAAAAGAUCGAAAAUACUGUCUAACAAUGGAAGAUUUAACUCCAGCAUUGGCCGAAUUUGGUAUAACUAUUAAGAAACCUCAUUAUUACGUUUAAAAUAGUUUAUUAUAAAAAUACUUGAAUAAAAAU